GGCAUUGCUGCCACACUGUUGACAGGAGAAAGAACAGCUCACUCAGCCUUCAAGUUGCCCUUAAAUCUGGCAAGUGCAGAGGCACCAACCUGCAACAUUGCCAGGGGUACCGGCAAAGCAAAGGUCCUGCAGGAGUGUCAGCUCAUUGUCUGGGAUGAAUGCACAAUGUCUCACAAAGCUGCCUUAAAGACUCUUGAUUGCACCUUCCAAGAUCUUUGACAUAAUGACAAAACAAUGGGAGGAGUGACUCUGGUGUUGGGUGGGGAUUUUCGACAGACACUGCUGGUCCUUCCACAUGGAACCAAAGUUGAUGAACUGCAGGCCUGCCUCAAAGCUUCAUACAUUUGGAAAAACAUUCAGCAACUCAGCCUCAUGACCAACAUGUGAGUGCAUUUAACAGGUGAUGCAUCUGCUGGAGAGUUUGCUGCAAGCCUGCUCAAACUGGGAAAUGGGACCAUGGUAUCUGAGAAUCAGGAUAAUUCUAUCUCAAUGAACAACAUUGGGAAAACAGUUGCAACACUUCAAGAACUGAAAGAGGCAGUUUUUCCAAAUGUUGCACAUCACUUUCAUGACCAGAAAUGGCUAUGCCAAAGACCCAUCCCGGCACCAAAAAAUGAUGCAGUCAAUACUGUAAACAAAGACCUUCUUUCUCAAUUGCCUGGCACUGUGCAAAAAUACAAGGCUGUGGACACUGUCCCAGACACCAAUGAGGCAGUCAGCUACCCAACAGAAUUUCUCAACUCUCUCGAACCACCAGGUGUGCCUUCACACAAUCUGAAACUCAAGAUUGGUGCACCCAUCAUUCUUCGCAGGAAUCUGGACCCACCAGCACUCUGCAAUGGAACACGAUUGGCUGUCAAGAAGCUCAUGCCACAUGUCGUUGAAGCCACCAUCAUGACUGGCCAUGUAGCGGGACUGGAUGUCUUCAUUCCACGCAUUCCAAUCAUUCCCUCUGACCUGCCAUUUCAAUUUAAAUGACUCCAGUUCCCGAUCUGUCUCAGUUUUGCCAUGAGCAUCAAUAAGGCACAGGGACAAUCAUUCAAAGUUGUUGGCCUCAACCUGCAAAGCCCAUGCUUUUCUCGUGGCCAACUCUAUGUUGGUUGUUCCAGAGUUGGCAAUGGCAAAAACCUUUUCAUCUUGGCACCAGAUGGCAAAAUAUGCAACAUUGUCUAUCCUGCAGCUCUACACGGAUUUAAAAAAGUGUCAAACACCGUCAUAAACUGGGAUAGAAAAAUGUGA